ACGACUUCUAGCAACAUGAGUGGGCUAGCGGACGAGCUCUUGGCCGACCUGGAUGGACUGUCAGACGACGGCGGCGAGUAUCAAGAAGCUAAUGAGCCGGAAAUUGGCGAAGGCUCCGUUCCCAGUGGCGUGAAGCGCAAGGCAGAGGACGAGGGAGACUUGGACGAAGACAUGCUGGACGUGGAAGGCGAAGAAGCAGCCGAGGGCGAGCAAGCGGUUGGGCUCGUUCUUCCAGGUGGUGUGAAGCCAGCAGACGAACUGGACGCCGAGGACGUGCAGCAAAUGGAAUUGGGCAAUAUCGAAGAUGUGACUAAAGUGGCGAGACUUGAGGGGACCAAACGCAUGUCCGAUAUUCUACAGGAAAUCAUAAAAUAUCAAUCCAGUCCUACCACACCUGCUACCAUGGCCCUUCCUGCGCAUUUAAACCCCGAGUAUACCUUGAUCGUACAGGCAAACAAUCUUUCCGUCGAACUAGACAACGAGAUCAUGGUCGUUCAUAAGUUCAUUCGGGACCAUUAUGCGUCCAAAUUUCCAGAAUUGGAGCAGCUGGUUGUCGAUCCGGCCAUGUUUAUCCGUGCCGUUCGGACACUGGCCAAUGAGGAGGAUCCGACCAAAGUCGAUUUAUCAGGCGUACUUCCACCUGCAAUCAUUAUGAGUGUCGUGGUCACAGCAACGACAACCCCUGGGAAACCUCUGUCUGAUGCCGAGUGGAAGGCUAUUGAGCGUGCUUGUGAGCUGGCUGAUCGACUGGAAGAAGCUCGGAAAAAGAUCUUCAUGUACGUCAGCUCAAGAAUGAAUGUGCUCGCUCCCAAUCUAUCAGCUAUCGUCGGCACGACCACAGCUGCGAAACUGCUCGGUGUGGCUGGCGGUCUCAGUGCCUUGGCCAAGAUGCCGGCCUGCAACGUCCAUUUGCUCGGUGCUCAACGCAAGAUCACUGCUGGUUUCUCUACUGCAACUCAGCGACGUCACACUGGCUUUAUCUUCCAGAGUGAACUUGUCACACAGACACCGCCGGAAUAUCAGCUCAAGCUGCAACGCACGAUCGGUGCUAAAUCCGUGCUUGCGGCUCGUAUGGAUUUAGAACGAUCACGGAGAGAUGGUUCUUACGGCGAAAGUUUACGCGAUAAGCUGGAGAAGCACAUCGAUAGGCUGGCUGCUCCACCACCAUCCAAAGUUGUCAAAGCCCUGCCUAUUCCCGGUGACGGGCCGAAGAAAAGACGUGGGGGAAAACGGGCACGGAAAGCGAAAGAAGCCUAUGCUCAGACCGAACUGCGCAAGCUGCAGAAUCGGAUGGCAUUCGGUGAAGCUGAAGAGGAAGUUGGUGCUUUCGAUGAGACGAAAGGUCUUGGCAUGAUAGGUUCCGCCUCAGGCUCCAUUCGUGCUGGGAUGGGCGAAUCAAAGAGCCGAGCCAAGAUGUCGAAAGCAAACAAACUGCGGACAGCCGCUCUCAAUCGGUCUGCACUAUUGGAUGGUACUCAGCCCAGCUCCUCGUCGUCCAUGUCAUCAGGAACUGCAACAUCGCUCAGUGUCACACCAGCACAAGGUUUCGAGCUCACGAACAGGGCCGCUGCCGCUCAACGAGUCAAGGAGGUCAACGAACGAUGGUUUUCGGCAGGCACAUUUUCUUUUGUGCCAAAUUAGUCCAGAUUGGUGCUGUAGCUCUGUGAAUGUUCUACAAAUCCUAAUAAUACACGGGUAAACUACUAAGCAGAUGUCGGUUUGAUGGAAGUAGCUGGGAGCGGCAUGGCAAGAAACUUCACACAGCGGGGGCUGGGGCGUUCGCUGUCGCAUCGGCUGAACCAGCUGGCACGAAGGAAGCCUUGGGUGACGCGGCCGGCAGACCAUUGCGUUUAGAGCGGUAGUCACGAAUGGCAGAGCGGAUGGCAUCUUCAGCCAGCACUACAGGGGGACGUCAGCCACUGUCCGAUUCCAAACCAAGGGCGCGCUUACUCGAGCAGUGAAGUUUGACGGGGGGAAGACAGAGUUCUUUUGCGAUC